AUGGCUUCAUUAUCUGAAGAAGAGCUUUCUUGUCCUGUAUGUCAUGAAAUCUUCAAGGCUCCUGUUCUUUUAUCAUGUAGUCACAGUGUCUGUAAAGAGUGUCUUCAACAGUUCUGGAGAACCAAGAAAACUCAGGAGUGUCCUGUCUGCAGGAGAAGAUCCUCAAAAGAAAAUCCUCCAUUAUAUCUUGCAUUACAAAACUUGUGUGAGUCAUUCCUGGCGGAGAGAAAUGAGAGCCGUUCAUCAGGAUCUGAGGAGAUCUGCAGUUUACACAGUGAGAAACUCAAACUCUUCUGUCUGGAGGACAAACAGCCUGCGUGUUUAGUGUGCAGAGAUUCAAGACAACACGACAAUCACAAAUUCAGACCAAUAAGUGAAGUGGUUUCAUCAUGUAAGGAGAAGCUCAAAACAGCACUGAAGCCCUUACAAAAUAAAUUUGAACAGAGAGAAAAAAUGAAAGGAGAGUUUGAGAAAACAGUUCAACACAUCAAGUCUCAAGCUGAGCACACAGAACGUCAGAUUAAACAGCAGUUUGAGAAGCUUCAUCAGUUUCUCAGAGAUGAAGAAGACGCUGCAACUCCUGUGAUUCUGGAUCCAAACACGGCUCAUCCACGUCUCAUGCUUUCUGAUGAUCUGACCAGUGUGAGAUAUACCGAGAACUGUAAACUGCUUCCUGAUAAUCCAGAGAGAUUCAACGGGUAUUUCUGUGUUCUGGGUUCAGAGGGUUUUAACUCAGGAACACACUGCUGGGAUGUGGAGGUUAAAAAGAGUUUAAUAUGGAGUCUUGGAGUAACUACAGCAUCAAACCAAAGAAAGGGAGAUGAUUUCUUUAACACUGAUGUCUGGAGUGUGACGUACAGAUGGUCUGAUCAGUUUGGUUUUCCUGUUAAACAGGAUCUUGAGCGUGUGAGAGUUAAUCUGGACUAUGACAGAGGAACGGUGUCAUUCUCUGAUCCUGUAACUAACACACAUCUACACACAUUCACAACCACCUUCACUGACACAGUCUUUCCUUUCUUCAGUAGUGACCGUCUGAGGAUCUUACCCCUCAAUAGUCAGUAAACGU